AUGGACGCUUCCCAGUACCCUACCAAUGGUAUAAACACGAGCUCGGCCUCCUACCCGUCGCCGCCCGCAAUCACGCCUCACCAGCUGCAGCACACCAACUCUCCCCUGCCUCACCAGACUCUGCCGCCUCUCCAGCCGCAGACCUCCGCGGCCAUGAACCAGAUGUACGGCAGCAACCCUCACACUCCUCGCACUCCCGCGACCCCGAACACUCCGGGCUCUGCGAACAACAUGCCCGCCUACCCUCAGCAACCUGGAGCUCAGGCUGGACGCGGCGGUCCUUACCAGCAGAUGGGCCAGUACCCUCCCCCGCCCCAGGGCUACGGCACUCAGUCUAUGCUGCCCCAGACCACGAUGGCUUCCUCUCACCCGCAGCCCAUCGCGCCUGCUCCUGCCUCCGGUCGCGUCCCGCCCGUCCUUCGCCCCAUGCCUGCUGGUGGCGUUAUGCCUCAGCCCGGCAUGAACUCUCCCUACGGACCUGGCUCCGUUCUCCCUGGAGGUAUGGGCGAUGGCGACCAGCCUACUCACGUGGUUGGCUCUCAGGGCCGCCGCGGCAUCCUUCCCAGCGCUCCUGGACGCCCUGCCGCCACUCCUGCUGGCCCUGGCAACGCAAAGAGCACCGUCAUUCCCGUCAAGGAUGCGGACGGCAAGUUCCCGUGCCCUCACUGCACCAAGACUUACCUCCACGCCAAGCACUUGAAGCGUCAUCUCCUGCGCCACACGGGUGACCGCCCCUACAUGUGCGUUCUGUGCCGCGACACUUUCUCGCGUAGUGACAUUCUCAAGCGUCACUUCCAGAAGUGCUCCAUUCGCCGAGGCAAUCCGACUGGUGCUAGCCACUUGUCUCACCCUCAGGCCCACGUCAAGAAGAACGCUGCUGCGCAGAAGGCGGCUCUUGGUCAGGAUGGCGGACUGAACCACCUCAAUGGUCUAGGUAAUAUCCCUGCGGAUGGCAUGGUUCAGCCCUUCGGUAUGAUGCCUGUGUCGGAUGGAAUGGGCAACCUCGCGAACGAUCAGAGCCAGCUGUCUCGCUCCAGCAGCCUGACCAGAAUUGAUAAUGGCAGUAACCAAGACAGAAGGGGUUUGACAGGUUCUGUCAUGGAUGCUCAGGGCCGUAACGGCCAGUUCGAGCAGGCAUACAACGGCGAUGUCCCUAGCUCCAUGACGCCCAAUAUGAAUCAACAGAUGCAAAACUACAAUAUGCCCCCGGGUCAAAAUGGAAUGUCCAUGUAUGGCGGGUCGAACUCGAACCAACAAUCGGGCCUUGAUUGGUCUCAAAUGUUCCAGGCUGGUGCGCAACAAACCUACGCAAAUACCUUCGAAACAACUCCUAAUCUUGGACAGACGCAGAUCGCAACCAACAAAGAGCCUAAUGCUGGCACCCAAAGAACUGAAGGUCUCCCUGGCCCAACCCACUCCGCCGAUUCCCUAUUCUUCUCUACCUGGGGCGUUCCGCCAUCGAUUCAGGACCCUUACACCCAUAUUUCCAACCAGAUCCUAAAUUUCUUCUACCCUCCCGGCUCCCCGAUUACCAACGAAAGCGCCGGCUUCAACCUGUAUUUCUCGGCCGAAAACAUUCGCGAUUUUCUGGAGAAGUACACGCACUUCCAUGUGCACUUCCCCAUCCUUCAUACCCCGACGUUCCGUAUCCUGGAAUCGUAUACUGGCUUACUUGCAGGCAUGUGUUGCAUGGGCGCCUGCUACUCAGACCGUCUCUCUCCAGAUCACGUGCGCGACAUGAUGAACUUCCUUCGGGCGGCUUUGAUCCGCGAUGUCCCAUUCCUGGCCAACACCGUGGGCUCACGGCAGACUGGAAACGCUGACAACAGUUCUUCGGGCGAUAGCAGUCGCGAGCUUGAGGAACUUCAGGCUGUUAUGCUGCUCCAAAUUCUGCUGCUCUGGAACGGCACACCUGGGCACCGUGAAAGCGCGCGUGAGAUCUUGCCAGCAAUGGCGGAGCAGACUCGCAAACUGCGUCUGAUGGAAGUUUCCACAGCCAUGCCCCUCUUCAGCCUGCUGCACCAAGUCAACUUUACCCCUCAGAACUUCGACGUCUCCACAUUCGAUUGGGGUGUGUGGGUUGAACAGGAAAAGCGGAUACGCCUCAUGCACAUUAUCUUCCUCUGCAACUCUGCCAUGGAACUUUAUUUCAACGCCAACUCCGAACUCGACAGUUUCGAGAUGCGCAUACCUCUUCCUUCGGACGACGCUGCUUGGGAUGCGCGGACGAAGAAGGAUUGUGAGGACGCUCUCGGUUUCCACGGGGGGGAGCUUGUGCGACAAAAGAACCCGAAUGGCACACAACGCAGCAAACAGCCGGAGAUGGACCUUGCCCUCAGAGCGCUGUUGCACGGGUCGUAUCAGAUACAACCUGGCAGCACAAACCUGUACGGCAAGUUCAUCCUGAUCCACGCCAUCCUCUCCUUGAUCCGACGCGCUCAACUGGACGGUAACGCCGUAAUGAAGGGUUACGCGACGCCCCCGUUGAGUGACUGGAUGGUGAAUGGAGGAUCUGAUGGCACUGGUACAAACAGCGGAAGAGCAACACCUGUCGACCCCGCCACAAAAGCGAUGCCCGCUCACGUUCAAGAAUCUUUCCGCGUGGCGCUGCAAAAGUUCAAGGUCAACUGGGACGCGGACAUGGUCAAUCAGUUUCCCCCUGGUAUGGCCAAGAACGCGCGCAGAUAUGGAUUCUCUAGAGAUGGCAUCCAUUUCUACUGGUUGGCGAGAUACAUGUUGAAGCACACGCGGGCAACGGAUCUGCAGAUGGAUUCGGAUCGUCGCUUCAUGCAGGUGAUGCAACUUCUGAAGUCGGUGAAGACAUGGGUACAAACGGAUGGAGCCUCGAGGGGCGAGGAAUUGGGAUCGGUUGGAGAAAUCGACAAGGAUUUUGGGUCGAAAAACCUCACACUCGACCUGGCGCGACUUUUCAAACAUCUUUCGGCGGUGGUGGAAGACCCGGGAAUCCCUUCAGUUCAGACGGAUAUCAGCACAGUGGCCGGCGGCACUCUCUGA